GCCAAAAACAUCAGCGAAAGCGUCGUAGCCUCAAACCAGACAACAGGAACGAAGGGAUCAUCCAUCACGUUUGUUCACCCCACAUCCCCAAUGGAGCCUUAUGUAGAGGGUUACGACUUGCUGUUCGAGAUUGGGUCCGGUUCGUUUGGAGUCGUGUAUCACGCGAUGAGCUCAGAAGGUGGUCAAAAUGUGGCCAUCAAGGUCGAAUACAGCAUGCAGCGGCCUCAAUCUCUAAGCAACGAAUACGAGAUGUAUAAAACGCUCGAAGGUGGACGAGGAAUACCACGUGCCCAUCUGUUUCAGAAGCAUCGUCAGUACAACGUAAUGGUGCUGGAUCUGCUUGGCCCUACGCUCGACGAACUGUUCGAAGUAUGUAAUCGGCGCUUCUCACUCAAAACCGUACUGAUGCUGGCCGACCAGAUGCUGUCGCGGCUCGAGUACAUCCACGCGAAGUGCAUUGUACACCGGGAUCUUAAGCCAAGCAACUUUCUGAUGGGUGCGGGCCGGCACUGUAACGAUCUGUACCUGAUCGAUUUCGGGCUCGCGAAAAAGUUUCGCCACUCUCCACCGUCCAGCAAGAGUGCGUGCAAAAGCGGUGGCAAUGUGGUCGGAACGAUGCGCUACAUAUCGAUCAAUGCGCACGCGGGAGCCGAGCAGAGUCCGCGCGAUGACCUGGAAGCGCUCGGUCACAUUUUGGUGUACUUCCUUCGAGGAUCGUUGCCAUGGCAGGGAAUAACUGCAGUAAGCAAGCAACAGCGAAUGGAAAGGAUACUGGAGAGGAAAUCGUCAACUCCGAUUAAAAGCCUGUGCGAAGGCUUGCCCUGGGAGUUUAGCAAUUUUCUUAGCUACUGUCGCUGUAUGGAUUUCGGGGAAGGACCACCGUACCACAAGAUAAAGCACAGCUUUCAAAAGCUUUUUUGUCAACUGAGGUACGAGCACGAUUACUUAUAUGACUGGGUUUUUGUAGAACAGGACGAUUCAGCGCAGGAAGACAAUCCGGAAGAAGAGGGUACAGCGUAAAGAAGGGCAAACAUUUUACUAAUGAUUAUUGUAAGCUACAAGGGCAGUGGUGCAGAUUACGCAUUGUUAGUCUUUUUCAGCAACAAACGGCAGGGAAUCAUUUGUAUAGAAUAGAAUAGGAUGGGAAGCAAAUAUACGCA